GCUCUGGUUUCCAGCCGGCGGAGGGAACGGAAGCAGCCGAGGCAGGUCCUACGGAGCGGCGUCCCCCCACCUCGCUCCCUCCGUACGCGUGCCGGGCGGGCGAUGGAGGAGGCCGGAGGGGUGUUCCCCUUCCGCGACGUCCGCUGGGAUCCGGACCCGGCGCUGGAGCCAAGCCCGGCCGUGCGCGUGCCUACUCCGGCUCCCUUGGUGCUGGACAACGGCUCCUUCCAGCUGCGCCUGGGCUGGGCCUGCCGGGCCUCCGAGGUGCCCAGCGAGCCUCUGCUCCGAUUCCGGUCGCUGGUAGCGCGCAGCCGCGGGGCGCGCGGAGGGACCGGCCCCGAGACUCAGGUGGGCAACGACCUGGGCAGCCCCGAGCCCCUCCGCUGGCUGCUGCGCUCGCCCUUCGACCGCAACGUGCCCGUGCAGAUGGAGCUGCAGGAGCUGCUCUUCGACCACGGCUUCCAGCGCCUCGGGGUCGCCUCGCAGGUAGGAGGCCUGAGGGCCAUCUAGUCCUGUGGUUCCCAGCGUGGGACACACGCCCCACGGGGGAAAAUUUGAUUUUUAAGGGCAAUUCGAGAGUGAGGUAAAGGUAAAGGGACCCCUGACCAUUAGGUCCAGUCGUGACCGACUCUGGCGUUGCGGUGCUCAUCUCGCUUUAUUGGCCGAGGGAGCCGGCGUACUUAUUAACACUAAUUUUUUCAAAAAAAAUUUUGCAUUUCUUAUGGUUCUAGGGGCCUCAUAUCACCAUCAUCACUUUUAAUUUGCAUACCGUCUUUCUAUCUUACUAUACCCAAGGCGAUUUACAAGCUGAAGAAACAAAGAAUGUACACCUUGUAACAGUCUAACGCAAUACAAAAAUGUGAUAAUAAAACAUAACUUUAAAAUAAGCAACCUACAUCAAACAAAGUAACAUUCAGCAAUCAUUAGAAUAGCAUAGAAUCAUAUUAAAUAUCAGCAUAUAAAAAUUAAACAGAAAUCUACACUUAACAAUUACAAUAAAUAAUUUCUGAACUACAAUCAAUAAAACAGCGGCAAGUAUAUAAAUAUAUAUAGUGGCAUAUACAUUGUUAAAAUUAAAAUCAGAAUGUACGCAGCGGUCAGCUGGUGACAAUGGAGAGGUUAUCUAAACAAAAGUUUUUCUAAACAGAAAAUACUAUUUUUUCAUAUCACUUCAUAUAAUUGUAUUAUUUUUUAACAAUUUUUUAGUGAUUUCUUCCUCAGCACUUCAACUGUCCUUUCUUUCUUUUAUCUUUCUCUUUCAUGGAUGCCAUGUUCUUUGGAAGCUUGUUUAGACCAAGUUAAUGGCCUUUUAGGCUUCCCCCACAUAAAUAGGAGUUCAUUUUUUGAAUAAUAAAAAUUAUAUGUCAUGGGGGGCGGGGAUCAGGAUUUUUAGAGAUGCUUAGGUGGGGCAUGGUCAAAAAAAGUUUGGGAACCACUGAUCUAGUCCAAACCUCCUGCAAUGCAGGAAUAUGCAACUGUCCCAUUCCUGGGAUCGAACCUGCAACUGUGGCGUGAUCAGCACCAGACUCUGACCAACGGACCUGCCCAGGAGUUUGUGCAUGUGCUACUCAACGUAUAUAGUUCCGUUUCAUCAGUACAGUGGUACCCAGCCUGCUUCCCCGCCAGGUGCUGAUGACUGGCCUGCCAGUCACUGCCUCUCAGGAUUCAUAGAUCAUCGAGCUGUAGAGUUGGAAGGGGCUCCUGAGAGUCAUCUAGUCCAACCCACAGCUUCCCGACUGUUUUCUUGUGUAGCUCUUUAAAUAACUUUCAAACCUAGGUAAACUGUUUUAACCAGGUCUUCAUUUCUUGCCAUUUCAUUACAGGGCUGUGUUGACCACCCAGUUGUGGUCACUGAAGCGGUCUGCAACCCUCUGUAUUCAAGACAAAUGAUGUCGGAGCUCCUGUUUGAAUGUUACCAAGUUCCCAAGGUUUCUUACGGCGUGGACAGUUUGUACAGUUUAUAUCACAACAAGAGGCAGGGCUGGCCUUGCAGUGGUCUCAUAGUUUCCUCUGGAUAUCAAUGUACACAUAUUUUACCAGUCUUGGAUGGCCGGUGAGUUGGCUGCAAUAAACUGUAUCCAAGCAUUAGUGGACAUUACUAACUUAUCAGUGGGUCAACUCUGAGUAAAAUUUAGUUGGAUGCAAUUCAGUUUUUUGCUUGAUACUUUAAAAUACUGUGAAGUUCUUCUAAAGAUGACCAUCAAUUUAUAUAACAAAGGCAGCUGCACAGUUUGGUGUUACCAACAUGUUCUGAAAGAGCAUCUUUAUCAAAUUAAUGUGUAUACUCCCUUGAUAAAAACGUUUUUGAAAGGCAUUGGGAAAAUGAAUCUGUGCAACUGUCUUUCAUUUUGUUUGUCAUCUUUACCACUGCAAUUGAUCCAUUGAUUUUGUGUCUGACUUUUACUAAUCCUGUAUGCGAGAAGUUGCUAGAAUAUGUAGAUGCUGGUACCUUAGUUCUGCUUAGUUAGGUUUAUAGUUUAUAGUCAUGGGGUGGUUGUUGUCCCCUCAGUUUCCCUCAAGUGUGUGAACUCUCUUAUGCAGUAACUAGUGGGACAUCCCUGGUUCCCAGAAAAUAGUUUUUACUUGUGCUGCAUGAAUAUUUCCUGAAGGCAACAGAAGAGAGUUGCUAUAUGAAUUGGUAUUGGUUUUCUCUGCUUCUUUGGGAGGAAGGGUGACAUAAAUUUAAUAAUAAUGAAGUGUGGAAAUGUAUAUCUAAAACAUGGACACUGAAUUAUGUUGGAGCAUUUGUUUUAAGCUGCUCAGAAUUCUGGCGUGUGUUUUUUUAACUUAGAUGAUAGUCUGCUAUUGAGAACUCUAGUAGAAAGAACUUAAUGAACCAUUCCUAUAUUGUGUACCAACUCACAUUUACUUUGUUUCUAUGGAUUGGUAGGUUGGAUGCUAGAAACUGUAAGCGUAUAAAUAUUGGAGGGUGCCAGGCUGCUCUGUACCUUCAGCGUCUCCUGCAGCUAAAAUAUCCUGGGCAUUUUGCUGCCAUUACUCUCAGCCGUGUAGAGGAAAUACUGCAUGAGCACAGCUAUGUUGCAGAAGAUUAUAAGGAUGGUAAGCAUUGCUAUUAAUGGCUGUCAUGCAGCUUUAAAGUUACAUACUAUUCCAUCAUGGUUUGGUAAAAAUAUUUUUUCUCUUAGGGUUCUGGCAAUCCCAGGAGAGAAAAAAAUCUUAAGAAGUAAUUUUAUAUUGCUAAAGAGGUAUGAAAAUAUCGUAAAUGUUAAAAUGCUAGUCAUGGUUAGUUUUAAACCUGAGUUCAGAUUUGAUUUGCAAACCUGCUUUAAAAAUAUGGUUAAUAUUAAGUAUAUUGCAGAUGUAAAACUUAAUUUAUAAGAUUGAUUAGACACCCUUCAACAUAAGGUCCAACAAUAAAAUAUGCAGUUAUAAUAACAAUGACAACCAUUGCAAUUAUAGGAACCGUAUGCAUUCAAGAAAAGAGGUAGGUCCCACCAAACAAAAUACCUUAAUUGUCAAAGGGUAAAGUCAUGCAUCUUUAGCAUACAGCAAAAUCUGAACAGUGAACAGGCUAGCUGGACCCCUCACGGGGCCACCAUCCUCUUUACUUAUGAGAGUGGUGAGACUACCAUGGGCGUCCUCUCUGUAGAUCUGAACACCUAAGAAGGUUAGUGGGAUGGAGGCAAUCUUUCAGAUAUUUGGGAUCUAAAUUAUUCAUAUCUUAAAAUACUAAUGUGAGCUAUGGUCAGUGCUGGAAAGUUAACCUGAUUUUACCUUAUUAAGCUUUUGUAUGGUGAAUAAUCCCUCAGAUGCAGCAGCUUGUCCCAAGCAGUAUCUAGUGAUGCAGAUUGCUUUGAGCAAACUUAUUUAUUAUGUGCACUUAUAAAUAAUAAAGUAUAUUAAAGGGGCUGAAUUACCUUGUUGAAUCUGGUCAGCAACUGGUUUUAGGAGGUCCAUUUGGCAGACACAAUAAAAGACUGUAUGCCUAUUCUCCAUCCUACUCCAGACUGUCAGCAAGUCAUUGCAUCAUGUCAUUUGCACACUUUCUCCCUCUAGGUUUGCAUUAGGGAGAGUUGGCUCUUGGGAUUCUUCUUGCUCAUUCUUCUGAAGCAUAGCUACUGCUUGGAACAAGGGUCUGGGACCUGAGUACCUUUUGCUCCUUUCCUUUUCAUUCAUGUCUCCUUCUACUUGGUGCAAACUGUCGGGAAAAAUAUGUGCAUCUAACAGACAAUAGCAGCUUCAAUUUGAAAAGUAAACAAGAACAGUAAUAGUGCAGGCUGUUUGUUUCAUUGUUUAUAAGCUACCUUUGAGAGUUAACCUCCCAAGGUGGCUCACAACAUUUUUUUUAAGAGAACAUUUUGUUAUAGAUUAUCAGACGGCUUUCCCUGUAAUUUCCAAAUAUCCAAACUUGCCAAAGGCGUUUGUUUAGCAGCACAGAAACCCUGUAGAGUUGUGACUGCAAAACUCAUUAUUGUGCUUCUGAAACUUCUGAGCAGAAAUGCAGAAGUGGAGGUCACCUGAAUAUUAUGAGAACCAUGUGCAUAAGAUGCAGCUGCCCUUUUCAAAUAAGCUGCUUGGGAGCACCCUCACAUCUGAAGAGAAGCAGGAGAGGCGGCAGCAACAACUUCGACGGCUCCAGGAGCUCAAUGCUCGCCGAAGAGAGGAAAAGCUGCAGCUUGAUCAAGAGAGGUUGGACAGGCUGCUUUAUGUUCAGGUAACCCUGCACAAUGUUUGAGAUGCAGCUUUGGGGAAGUUGAAAAGGAGAAGCUGAUGACAGAAGAACAUGAUAUGAAAAUACCAGAUUUCAUUCUUGGGGAAAAUACUUCAUGUCAUGGGAUCACUUUGAUAUCAUCUCAGUGAGAGAAUUGCAGAUACCACAAUAGUCGCCAGAAAAUAAGAGCAAGUUUUUUGCUCAUUUGGAAAUGUUCUCCCACCCUGGGCUUUUCUGCUAUAUUCCCCUUAGUUAUAUUGCAGCCAAUAGAAAUCACAUGGCGUUGUGUUUUGUGCGCAGGAACUACUGGAGGAAGGUCAUAUGGAUCAGUUUCACAAAGGCUUGAUGGAACUGAACAUGGACUCUGCUGAGGAACUUCAGUCUUACAUUCAUAAGCUGAGUAUGGCCAUUGAGCAAACCAAGCAGAAAAUCCUACAGGCAGAAGUGAGCGUUGAAGUGGACGUUGUUGAUAGCAAGCCAGAGGUACUGCAGUAAGGUUGCAUUAAUUCUGUCAGCACAUAACCAUAAGUAUAUGCAAAACAGUUCUAAGACUGUAUUUUAUUGGCUGUGUUACAACUUCCUGCAAAGUUGUCUAUUGCUAUAUUCUCCUGCAGCUGUCUCCUUUUUGUCUUGCCAUCCAUCACCAUCCGUCUGUCUCAUAGUGAACUCGGUGAGUGCUAACAGGACUGCAGCAAAAAUAGGGCCACUGAGAAACAAAAGGGAAGUAUUGCAUUGCUUGAGAGAAUCCAAAGGGUUGCAGAAGUAGGAAAAGAUGGGGGGGGAGCCUAAAGAGUCCCCUCCACCUAUGAAAAGAAAAUUGCCCAAUGAAGACUGAGCAUGGUCUGGGGUCACAGAAUGCUUAAUGUCUAGGGAAGAAAAUGGGAAAUGGAUGGGUGCAGAGGAACAAAGUGUCUUGAAGAAGGACAUGGCUGGCAUGAAAGAAGGACAUCAAAGACUGAACAGGAGCCACUCCACUCUCCAGUGGAGCUGCUGAGAAGUAGGAGUGGGUCCUGGUGUAUCUCAAGGUAUGCAGAAAUGCAAAAUAUAAAAACAUGGAGGAAAAUCUUCCCCCAAGAGCUCUGUGAGUCUAUGCUAAUAUUUGCUGUUCUCAGAGCUUAGUAGCCUCAUCUCCUUGCAGAAAACUGAGCUGCCAUUUGUUUUGAGCACUCUUGAGACAGACCAUAGCCUGUUUUAAAUUUUAAAAAAAUAUGGCCUAUUGGAGGUUGAGGAUAGGAAAACGGUGGAUAUUCAAGUUGGAAUUAUGCAAAGGUUCCUCGUUGGCAUUUGGCAUCUUUCUUGAGCAUUUCUCGUGCCCUGUUACAAAAAAAGUUGAAAAAUGGAGUAUGAAAUUAGGGUCAGCUUCACAUAUCAGAAUUGGGUAGAUGCCAAGAAUAUAUCCUACUUUUCAGUGUGUUUUUUUACUAAAAUGUAUCCUCUUCUGGAUACAUUUGAAGCAACUAUGUAUUGCUCCAAACUACUCAUCUCAAAAGUGAAGAUGCCUAUUGACUGAGCCACUUACCAAUAUCAUGGGCAGGGCUUUUUUCAGCCAGAACUCACCAAAAAAAGCCCUGAUCAUGGGUCAUAAAGUAAUGAAACUGGUGAAACGUUAAUGUCAAGUAUGAGGGGAAUGAUAGAAAAGGGUGUGUGAAAGUUAAUUGAAAGCUGUUGGCAUUGCAUACCACAUUCUGAGCCUAUGAUUUCCAUAAACUAUGAAAAUGAAUACUGGUCAUGUAAUGGCUUUGUUUUCAUGAGCAUUUGUCUAGGAUGCGUAGGGCAAAGGAGAACCAUGGACUGAAAUCAGUGACAUCUUCUAAGCAAGAGUUAUUUGAGGAUACAUUUUUACUUCCAUGCAGAAAAAUGUUUAAUCUUUAUCGUUAUGUAAGCCUUUAUUUAUAAGUUCUGUAAACUUUCUCAUAUUUGCUAAAUUCAAAAAUAGCCUUUUUUGGUUUACAGCUGGCAAAACCAAAUUCUUGGCAUGAAAUUCCCAAACCCCAGUUGCUUAGCAUCACAGCUCUAAGUAAAGUAGCCUACCUCAGGUUUGAAACCUCACUCAGUAAAUAGUUUUUUUUAAAAAAAAAAAUCUUCAGCCAGCACUGGCAAGAGCUAUGGAGGCAUCCUGAUUCAGUCAUUUUAGCAGCCUGGUCUUUGUUGCCCCUUCUGGCAUAAUACUUACUUUCACUGAACUUUGCUGCCUGAAAGUAGCAAUUUUCUACUAUUUACAAUCCACUUAUUUAGACUGCAAAUAUUGGUUUACCAGUUUCACAUGAACAGACAAAAAUACUUCAUAAACCUGUUGAUGAGUCUUAAAUGUACCAAGUUUGUGCCAUCCUGAACAUUUAAACUUACUCUAGUCUUUUGGUGUCAAUUAUAUAUUUAUGUGGAUUAGGCAUGCUUCUGAACAGAGGGUUUUAAAAAAGUGGAUAACUGUGUUAAACUAAUUGGAUGUAUAUAAAUAUAUUGCUUGAUUUUAUUAUCUCAUAAAAUUUAUACACAUAACACCGGUCCUGAGAGAUCUGCACUGGCUUCCAGUACAUUUCUGAGCACAAUUCUAAGUGUGGGUGCUGACCUUUAAAGCCCUAAACGGCCUUAGUCCUGUAUACCUGAAGGAGCAUCUCUACCACCAUCGUUCAACCCAGACUCUGAGAUCCAGCGCCGAGGGCCUUCUGGUGGUUCCCUCAUUGCAAGAGUGAGGUUACAGGAAACCAGACAGAGGGCCUUCUCAGCAGUGGCGCCCACCCUGUGGAACGCCCUCCCAUCAGAUGUCAAGGAAAUAAGCAGCUAUCCUAUUUUUAAAAGACAUCUGAAGGCAUCCCUGUUUAAGGAAGUUUUUAAUAUUUAAUGCUGUAUUGUUUUUAACACUCGAUUGGGAGCCGCCCAGAGUGGCUGGGGAAACUCAGCCAGGUGGGCAGAGUAUAAAUAAUAAAUUACUAUUAUUAUUAUUAUUAUUAUUAUUAUUAUUAUUUAUUGAAAACCCCUCAAAGCAGUUUACAAAAAGAUAAAACAAUAAAAUUGAGGGGGAGAAAUGUUUACUAAGGCUGUACUCCCAAGCACAUUUAGUAGCCCCCUUGAAUUUGGUGGGACUUUAUGAUUAAUUGCAUCAUCUUAGAACUGCAUAGCUGGCAUUCAGCCAGCAGGAAAGGCUUGUUCAUUCUGGUCAUAACUGGUUUUAGACCUUGGCAUUGGCAAGCCAGCUUCUGUGGCUUCCCUGUUUUAAUAUAAGAACCUGUGGUCUCUUUCGUUUUCAAGAUGCCUGAUCUGGAUCCAAUGGGCAGUGAACAAUCAAUGGAAGACGUAGAAAGCAUGAAUGAAUUUGAGCCCUUAUUUGCUGAGGAGCAACCUGAAGUUGAAAAGCCAGUUACUACAGUACAGGUUUGUCUUUAUACACAUCCUGUCUCUUAGUCUACUUUACGGUAUAUAUUUUUGCAAGGUUUUGCACAACCUUGAUGGCAGAAAGUGAGGAGGAAUUAAAGAACAUUUUAAUGAGGGUGAAAGAGGAGAGUGCAAAAUAUGGUCUGAAGCUCAACAUCAAAAAAACGAAGAUCAUGGCCACUGAUCCCAUCACCUCCUGGCAAAUAGAAGGGGAAGAAAUGGAGGCAGUGAGAGAUUUUACUUUCUUAGGUUCCAUGAUCACUGCAGAUGGUGACAGCAGUCAUGAAAUUAAAAGAUGCCUGCUUCUUGGAAGAAAAGCAAUGACAAACCUAGACAGCAUCUUAAAAAGCAGAAACAUCACCUUGCCGACAAAGGUCCGUAUAGUUAAAGCUAUGGUUUUCCCAGUAGUGAUGUAUGGAAGUGAGAGCUGGACCAUAAAGAAGGCUGAUCGCCGAAGAAUUGAUGCUUUUGAAUUAUGUGUUGGGAUUCGCAGGAUACUGAGUAAGUCUGCAGGCUUCAACAGGCUGAUGCAAUACUCUGUGAAGUGCUGGGUCAGAGUGACUCAGCAGGAGUGUGAUUAAUGUGAUUGGCUACCACCUGUUUUUAAAAAGGAAAGCCUGUUCAACAGUAACUGUGGUUGUGGUGGUUGUGCUGUGGUAUGGUGGUGCUGUGGUGGAGAGUAUUCGUUUGCCUUAAGGAGCAGGUACUCUGUAUGGACUGUUUUUGUAAAUACCUGUAUAUAGCUCACAUUAAAAAUACUGCACUGAAAAGAAACCUGGGACUCUGAGCGUUUCUGCUAAAAGCGUCACGAGGAAUUCGCGACAUUAUGGUGCUGGAGGAGACUCUUGAGAGUCCCAUGGACUGCAAGAAGAUCAAACCUAUCCAUUCUGAAGUACAGAUCUUGAAGCUGAGACUCCAAUAUUUUGGCCACCUCAUGAGAAGAGAAGACUCCCUGGAAAAGACCCUGAUGUUGGGAAAGAUGGGGGGCACAAGGAGAAGGGGGACGACAGAGGACGAGAUGGUUGGACAGUGUUCUGGAAGCUACUAACAUGAGUUUGACCAAACUGUGGGAGGCAGUGGAAGACAGGAGUGCCUGGCGUGCUCUGGUCCAUUGGGUCACGAAGAGCAUAGCUGUCAACUUUUCCCUUGUGAGGAAUCCUAUUCGGAAUAAGGGAAUUUCCCUUUAAAAAAGGGAAAUGUUGACAGCUAUGCAUGAAGAGUCAGACACAACUAAACAACAACAACAAUUUUUGCAUUCAGUCAGCUACCCUGGGCAUGGAUUUUGAACCCUGGCCUCACUGAGUAAGUCCUUGGAAGAGGAUCUAUCCCUUGGCUGAAGUUUUAUUAUCUGUCAAUAAUAAUAAUAAUAGUGACUUAAACCCAUGGCAUUGAAAAAUGAAGAUUGUAAACUCAUGUUUCAGACAGUGACUACCAAAUCCCAUUGGCUUCAACCCAUGGCUGUAAUUUUGUGUAUAUUUGGGAGUAACUCUGUGAAACGUGCUUUCAAGUAUACAUACAUAUGGUUGACCUACAGGAGUAGUGUUAAUUUCCCCUCCCCAAAAAUGCUUGUAGCAAUAGGAAGAAACAUCCCCAAUCUGCAGUCACCUUGAUCACAGUUUAUACCAGUUAUAUCUCACAUGGCAGACAUAAUGUAAACUGUAAGCACCUAACGUUUUCUAGAUACUACACCAAACAUUAAAAAUAUGAGUCCAUGCCUGAGGGCUUACAAUCUAGUAAACGCAGUACAAAAGGAACAAGGCAUAGGAAAAGAACUGGGGAAGUAAAUUCAGGAACUAAUUCUUUGAAAAGUUACGCAAAUGUUUAAUGACCAGGUAGCGUGGUUGUGGGAAAUGGUUUUGGGAGGGGAGAAGCCAAAAUGGUUCUGGGAGGGGAGAAGCCAAAAGGCUUUCAGUCCCAGCUGAUAAAGUAUCUUAUGCUAUCUCAUCUCUCCUGCUGCUGCAACUACCUAUAACAUCUCAUAACAGAAUGUGUUGAAAAGUUGAAGUCUCUCUCUGGAUGAGGGCAGACAAUACAGAUUCUGGUGGUGAUAGAGCUUAAUUCAUAUUUACAACAUAUUUUCAAUAAAAUGUCGAGCAUUACAUAAAAGGUUCUGACAAAUAGCAGUACAUUUCUGACUCUGAUAUUUUUACAGCCCGUGUUUAAGCUGGCAGAGUAUCACCAGCUCUUUAUUGGCACAGAAAGAAUCCGGGUUCCUGAAAUUAUCUUCCAGCCAUCCUUAAUAGGAGAAGAGCAGGCUGGGAUGGCAGAAACCAUACAGUUUGUCCUGGACAGGUUAGUUUUCAAAAGUGAACUCCUAUUUAAAUGACAGUGCAAUCCUGUACAUGUGUAUCUGGAAAUAAGCCUAGUUGAAUUAAAUGGUACUCUUAGGUAAAUGUGGGUAGCAUUGCAGCCUCUGUGUAUUUAAGAACAAGCUGUCACUGUUCAGAGAGUACUUGUUUUUUCUCCUGUAGAACCCAAAUAAUUAGUCUCCUCACUUUUUUUAUAUAAAAAACCCUCAGUUUUGCAAGAUUAUGGGGGAUGCCACCACAUUAAAUAAGGCAUUGUGUGAUUAUACAUUUUGUUAGCUGCCUUGAACAUAGUGCAUGAUGCAGGGCACAAAUUAUAUAAAAGAAGAUGGUUGAGAGACACAUUUGAAAGCCAUGUACACACACGGUCCCCCUGUGUCUCACUGUUAAAAUGUAAAUUAACAGGCAGUCUGAAGAGAGGAGCUUUUUACUGGAAGGAUCUUUUGAAUUGGAACAAACUAAAAUCAGAUUUGUGCUUUAAUCCUUGAAAAAGUUUAAACAUUAAAUCAGCCUCUACUACUACAGGGAUUUACCCUUCCCAUCCACCCUUAGCACAGGGGUGGGGAAUGUUUUUCAGUCCAGGGGCCACAUUCUUCUCUGGGCCACCUUCUGAGGGCCAUAUGCCAGUGGUGGGUAGGGCCAGAGGCAAAAGAGGGCAGAACAACAAACGAAUUUUACCUUUCAUUCUCUGUCCUCAAUCCCAGUCAGCUAGAAGCACUAUGAAUCUGUUAAGGCAGUUUUAUUUCUUCAGGUAUCCUAAAGAGCAGCAGGAAAAACUUGUCCAGAAUGUCUUCCUUACUGGUGGGAACAUGAUGUAUCCUGGAAUGAAAGCCAGAAUCUACAAGGAGCUGCUUGAAAUGAGGCCGUUCCAGUCGUCUUUUCAGGUGUAGUAUUGGCUUUAGCAAUGCAAUGGCUACAUGCAGCAUCCAAAUACUGUACAUGGCAAUGAUGACCAAACUUUAUUGCACAUGUGAAGCUAAGGGGGGCAUUUGAACUGAUGUAAAAAAUCUACUGAAUUGGGCAGCAAGCUUAAAGAGGGAUGUAAAUUUAUAGAAUACAUUGGUAACCAUACUGGGCAGCAUAAAGUAUGGUAAAGGUAAAGGGACCCCCGACCAUUAGGUCCAGUCGUGGUCAACUCUGGGGUUGCAGCGCUCAUCUCGCUUUAAUGGCCGAGGGAGCCGGCGUACAGCUUCCGGGUCAUGUGGCCAGCAUGACUAAGCCACUUCUGGCGAACCACAGCAACACACAGAAACACCGUUUACCUUCCCGCCGGAGCGGUACCUAUUUAUCUACUUGCACUUUGACGUGCUUUUGAGCUGCUAGGUUGGCAGAAGCAGGGACCAAGCAACGGGAGCUCACCCCGUCACGGGAAUUCGAACCGCCGACCUUCCUAGACUCUGUGGUUUAACCCACAGCGCCACCCAGGCAAAAAUAUUGUCCAGCACUUGAACCCUUAUGUUCAGGGACAGUAUGACCUCCAAUUUGCUUGUUGGGAAGCAGCAGUGGGGGAGAGCUACUGAUAGCCCUGCUUUGUUUGAGUACUUUCUUGGUUCAUCACUGAGGAACAGGAUGCUGGCUAAGAGGAAGCUUUUGGCUUUCAUAUUCUGGCAGUAGAACAACAAACGGGGGACAUGGUUGCUGCAUUCUGCUUUGUGUCUUUAUAAAGGUAAUCCUCCUUCCCGUUUUUCAGCAUACAAGGCAGGUUACAAAUGAUCAAAGGAACAAGUUCUGAGAAUGCACUGCAAGGGGCAGACCAUAGAAUAUGAAAACGUUAAAUCCAAAAAGCAAAAGAAGCACUCCUUAAAGACUUGAGGAAAAGAAAAGCAUUCUAGAUUGGUAUCUAAGAAAGAAGAACUGACACCCAGCAAACCUUUCUGGGGAAUGCGUUCUAUACAAGAGCUAGCAGAAUAGAAAAGACUUUCGCUCUGGUUGUUACAUUGCCAGCGUCAGAGGUCAGGGCCAUCCAGAGACAGCCUCAGAAGGUAACCGUAAGGAACAGGUUGUUUCAUACCAAAUAGGAUUGUCAGAUGUUUGCACCAUGUAGCUUUGCUUGUUGUCAUUCUUAUUCUGUGGCCUUUGACUUCCACUAAACAGAUCCCUUUAUUGUCUUGCUGCCAUCCAGGUGCAUCUUGCUUCCAAUCCUGUUUUAGAUGCAUGGUAUGGAGCUCGAGAGUGGGCCCUGGAGUACAUGAACCGCGAUGAAGGCUGGAUUACAAGGAAAGAUUAUGAAGAAAAGGGUGGAGAAUACCUUAAGGAGCACUGUACUUCCAACGUCUAUGUGCCCAUCCGUCUCCCAAAGCAGGCUCCGCGGGCAGCUGAAACUCCAGCAUCCAGCAAAGCGCUGGGAACUGCCGCAAACAAUGUCUCUGAGCAAGCAUAGUAUGCAGGCUGCAAUGGUAUGUAACUGCAAAAUAGACACAACCUGUGUAAAGCUUUUCAGAACUGCAAGGCAGCUGCCAUCCUGCAAAACCGGGUGCAAGUUUAAGUUCAACAUUUCCGGGCACCUCAGCUUGUGCAGUGAUCAACUGUGUGUUUUAUCCAUGGUUGCCAUGGAAGAAUUGCAGGCUCUUCACCAGUUUUUGGUGUAAAAAUGCAAAAGAAAUAUUGGCCUCAUUGAGGCUAACAUAUCAUGUGUUUUAUAUUAAUAGACCAUGCUGUAAAAAGCUGUUGGCAAUGUAAAUAAAGUCUUUUGGGUUUUCCCCUCCCCAUGUUUAUCAGUGUCAAAUGUUCCUAACCUACCAUAGGACUGAUUUCCAUAGAGGUAGCCAUAUUCGUCUGCUGCAACAAAAACUAUGAAAACCCUUAUGCCAAUAUGGACCAAAGUGUUUAUUUCAAGCUUUGGUGAAUGUGAGCUGGCUUCAUCAGAUACAUCAGUAGCAAUGUUAAUCCAGGAGGGGGAGCCUUUACCCAAAGGAAGAAGGUAGUUUGAAAGAACAAAUCUUUGCUGAAAUUGGGAUUUGGGGUUUUGUUUCUUCUUCUAGCCAUCUGUUCAGGUGGUUGUGGACUUUUCCUUUCUUUUGUUCACUAGCUAAAGGGGGAAAAACCCACAGUAUAGUUUCAGAAGUUUAUUCUGACACACGUUUGUAAAACGAGAAGGUUCAGCAAUGCAUCAGUUUAUGAAACAUUUAUUACAUAAGGGAGGCAAACACUGGUGUUGGUAGAGAGAGAAAACACCAUAUUUGGUUCAGCUAGGGCAUCCUACAUUAGUGAUGAAUUACUAAUUGAACAUGGCUUCAUUGGUUAGUGACCCCCUGCGUGCCAAGGAGAACAAAACCCUUGUUCAUUACUCUUGCUUAUAUUAAGCAGCCAUUGUUUUAGCCUGUCAUAGUGCCACACAGAUUCUCUUCUAAAUGAAUGUAUCCCUGUAUGCUUGAACAUCGGCUCUAUUAAUCAGGCACACAACUGUGAAUUAAGGAAAAACUGUAACUCUUUAACAAGGGGAGAAAAUAGGGAAAGCAAUUAGCCCAAAUUAUGGCCCAAUUUUCAACUGUCAGUUAUUGUAGUACUGUCCAGGUAAAACAGAACUUUAGUCUGCAAGGAACUGAUCCGAGAUUGCUCUUAUCACAGAAACUGGAGAUAAUUUGUAAUUAAUUGGUGCCUAAAUUCUUGUAUAAGGUCUAGUUCAGGGUUUGCUUGGGCAGGCUACAUCCAGCUGCAGGUGCUAUUUUAUUUAUUAGAUCUAAAUGUGUUUGGCUGCUGAUGUGCCCUCAAACACUCAUUAAGGUAUAGCAAAAUGUUAAUGCCAUAGUUUUCUCAAGGUGGGAAACUUUCAAGCUCUCAGAACGAGGUGAAAAAGCAUAAGCUGGGAUGUAUAGUUCUCAUUGUAGAACACUGGGAAGUUCACAAACUUAAGUAGAUUUUCUAACAAUAAAAAAGAAAAGCAGCCUAAUGGCCACAAAGAACCUCUCUGAACAAAUGUACGUUGAUCACUUCAUAUACAACAACCAAAUGUGUGUUGUAUAUGUAAUAUCCUCAAUAAAGUCUUAAUGAUCAGGAUUCUUACAACAUAGACAACACCCUGCCUUUCAGUCCAAUUUGCCAAUUGCAAAUACAUCAACACUAGCUUCUCUGCAUCAUGUACAUUUGUCUUAGAAUAGCCAUUUGGCUGUCCUCUUAAAAUUUUUCUAAAUAACUUAGGAAAUGAAUCUAUAAACUUUGUAGUUUACUGCUUUUUUAUUAAUAUGCAUCCCAACUUACGUAUUUCCUUGCUGCUGAAUGAGAUUUCCAUUUGUGUUUCCUAAGAAAAAGAUUCCACACUCCUUCAGCUCAGAUGUAAGACAUAAUACUUUUAUGUAAUGUUGUGCCUGAGCACAGGUGAUCCAUAAUAGGGAGUCCAUUUAUAGGCAGUUGGCAAGCAUUAGCUGUCUUGCCUGGUUUGUGCAGGUCUGCCACUUUUGGCCCCAGGCCACAGUCAGGGCAAUUGAGGCCCCUAAGGCUGCAGAAGUAGAUUAUCAAGGCAAGUGGUUAGGUUUCAAACAUCCUGUAUCUUUCUUGCUUUGCCUAUGUCAUUCUUGGAAUGCGAUUUAACUUUUCAACAUGGCAGUAUCUAGAACUGAAGUCAGUACUGCAGAUAAGACUGUGACCAUUGCUGAAGAGACAGACACACACAUUUCUUUCCAGUUCUUCUGUACACAGUGCUUCUGUGUUAAUGUAAGACAGUGAUUGUCUUUGAACCACACAUGUCUCUGAAAGGCAAUGAAACCCGAUUAUUGUAAACUUCAUUAUUCCUCAUUGAAUGGUUAAAAUCUACAGAAUUAUGUGACCUUUGCCAUGUUCAGAAUUGUGGAAUAUACAAAAUCCUGAGGUUAAACACACAAGAUGCAGCAAUUCUGCACUCUGAAGGCACAAGCAUUUUGUUCAUGUUGCCUGCAUGUGUUCAUUUUUGGCCUCACAGUGAUGACAUUUAGAAAAGUCCAACCCUUAUUUUAAUACUAUACGUAGGCAUAUUGAAAAAAGAUAGGGAGCAGCAACUUUGUGCAGCUGAUUGCUUGCAAGUUGUUUGUGCCCCAAAUUUGGCCACCACACAGUUUAUCUUCAAAAUGAUUGUGGUUUUUUUUUGUUUUUGUCUUGCCUUGACAAAAGAUUAAGAAUCUAAUCUCCCACUAAAUGAGUGGCAAGCGUCCUGCUGAUUUUAACGGGCAGGAUUGUACCUUGUCUUUAAAUUGCAAAGAUAAAGCAGGAAUAAUCAGGUAGUACUAUUUUUGUUUUGCCCUGCUCCUUUGGCAAGCUUUCUAACAGCACUUUAGCUUCAAAACGUCAUUCCCAGAACUCUACCAUUAACCACAAUAAUGGGUCAAUUAAGUGUACCAGGAAGUAAUGACAAGGAAAUAACAAGAGACGUGUUGAUUUCAGCUGCCCCCAGACAAAAGAAAAUUAAUGUUUGCCAAGUGGAAAAUGUUAAAAUCAACAGCAGGGGAGUGGAAUAAAUAUGUUCAAGUUUGUAAAGUCUUAUGAAGGACACAACACAGUAGAAACUAGGGCUGCAGUCCUGAGCACUCUUCUCAGGAAAAGGGUCCCAUUUAACCGAGCAGUUCUCCUGUGUGAGUAAACAUACUUAGAAGCAGCUGUAAGUCACAUCACCAGUGUUAACUGGAGUUUGCAAUUUAGUUAAACCAAUUUACAACCUAGUAUUUUGUUAUGUUUUGAUUUUUUAAAGUUGAUGUUAACCAGAAUAGCAGGUCAGCGUCACGUAUCAUUUGCUGGUUUUCUUGCUGCAACAAGCAGAUCUUGACAGGAGACAAGUGUACCUAUUUUCUUCUGACAAAGGAUGGAGAGUGGGAUUAAAGAAGGGAUAUUACUACUACAACUACUAAGCCCAUUGUUGAAAUGGGUAGUAGAAGUCUCUCUCCAUUUGCUUACCUUUGGCACUUUGCAUGGCCAAGCACAUAAAGAAGAAAAUCAGCAAUCAUUUUUUAAUUUUGUAUUAUUUUAUUUUGCUGGGUUGGUGGUGGUGGUAAUUCUAGUCUAGGGGGUUGAUGCUGUGCCUGCAAUAUGUGACUAGUUUUGAACAAGAUGAUGAUGAACCACCCUCUUGAUGAAGGGUGGUAUGUAAAUCUAAUAAGCAAAGUUUAAAUGAUGAAACAGUUUAAUUGAUG